AUGCGCAUGAAUGGGCCUGCAAUCUUCCGGUUGACUCAAUCGACAUCUUGCUCAGUGGUAGGCGCAGUACACAUUCCUCGUGUGCCAAGCUACAAAUGCCAGAUUUGUCGAACAAUAUGCCACCAUGCGCGUCGCGCUGUACUACACCCACGCGUAUCUAUCAGCGCGACGCAAUCAGCAAUUCGAAGAGGUGCCAAAACCCAAGCUACCGUCAAGCUGCAAGACCUCCCGCAGGGCGUGAUCAAGUUGGACACGUAUUAUGAUGGGGUUGAUGAUGCUCCCCGGUACCCGACUGUGGUUCAAGGACACCGCAAUAAUAUGCAGAAAUUCAAGAACUGUGUCAUCCUGACCAGAGUCGGGGGCUUCUACGAGCUUUAUUUUGAACAAGCCGAAGAGUUUGCACCAUUGCUUAGUUUGAAGCUCGCGUCCAAGAGAACCAGCGCCGGGCCAGUUCCCAUGGCUGGAUUUCCCUUUUUCCAAUUAGACCGUUUUCUCAAAAUUCUUGUCCAGGACCUUAACAAAUAUGUCGCUAUCAGCGAGGAGUUUGCUCAUAAGACGGAAGACAAAGUUCGAUCUGGAGGCUUAUUAUUUGAUCGAAAAGUGGCCAGGAUCGUCACUCCAGGCACCUUGAUCGAUGAAAAGUUCAUCGAUCCUUCCGAAAACAAUUUCCUGUUGGCCAUAUAUCUAGAUAUUCCUCCUUUGGAAGCCCAAUCAAAACAACAUGUUGACCCUGAGUCCUCUCAACAUGUAUUGUCUUUCAUGCCUCAACGUGUAGGGUUGUCGUGGUUAGACCUUUCAACAGGAGACUUCUUCACCCAACUUACAACGGCACAAACGCUUCCAUCUGCGAUAGCCAGGAUCGGAGCUCGUGAAAUCCUAGUUGACCAGAAUGUCCAAGAUCUUAUCGGGCAGGAGUUGCAGCAGCUCGUUGGACAUGAGCAUCGUCUUGUUACGUUUUUUCGAUAUCCCGAAACAUUUGCGCCAAUGUCAGAAUGGAGUACAAUGCUCGAGUCUCCGAUCCCGGAAGAUACGCAUGCAAAAUUUACCCCAGAAGAGGUGGCUGCAGGGUAUAGUCUGCUUGAAUACAUUCGGGUGCAACUGCAAGGAUCGAAUCUCAAACUUCAGCCUCCACGUCGGAGACAUCUGGAUGAGUCAAUGAGUAUUGACCGCAAUAGCCUGAGAGGACUUGAAAUGCUAGAGACUGCGCGGGAUGGUUUUGGGAAGGGAAGUUUACUUCACGCGGUGCGCAGGACUUCUACCAAAAGUGGUGCCCGUCUUCUGCGCGAUCGACUCACUUCUCCAUCCACAUCACUUACAGCUAUCAAUGAGCGACUUGAUCUGGUCUCAAUUUUUAUCGAGAGCGAGGAUCUUCGUGAUAGCGUAAUUCAAUUGCUAAAGCGCAGCUAUGACUCUCAACGAUUAGUUCAGAAAUUCGCAAUGGGCAAGGGAGACCCGGAUGAUUUGAUCUGUCUCUCACGGGCCAUCGAAGCCUCAAAGGGAGUGAAACAAGUCCUUUCUGACUAUGAACGGCUUUUGCCGCCCGGGACUGCAUCGGAUGCCAAAACCAGUCUCGCAUCAAUGAUUUCACGCCUUUAUCUUGAGGGACCUACUGCUCUUGCCGAUAAGAUCCUAGCCGCCAUCGAUGAAGAGGGCCUUCUCCAACAGCAGCGUAUUCAGGACAGCACCGCCGCCGAAGCAGCCAGCUUGGCACAGGAGGUUACUAUAAAUGAAGGCACGUCGGAUGACCUAGAGUCAUUGCCAAAGAAAGUCAAAUCCAAAAAAAGUGACAAGGCGGCAGUCGAGCCGGAAGCUGGAUUGAUCGAGACAUGGAUCAUGAGACGUGACGCGAGUGAGGGACUGAAUGCUCUGCAUACAGAGCUAGAGAGUUUGUUGGAUAAUAAAGUCGCAUUGAUCAAGCGACUUCGUGAUUAUGUAGGGUCUUCAUCCCUGAAUUUGAAGUGGACUCCUGGUCUAGGUCAUAUCUGCCACGUUAAAGGGGCCAAAAUUUCACAGGCAUCUCUUGAAGAGUUGGGAGUGACCCGAAAUGUCUCGUCAACCAAGUCUACCCGGUCGUUUUACCUUCCUGCAUGGACAGAACUAGGAAACAAAUUGGACCGUGUCACAGUACGGAUUCGACAAGAGGAACAGGCAAUCUUUGAGCGUCUACGUCGUGAAGUGAUCCUGAACCUUGUUAAAAUCCGGCGCAAUGCAGCUGUCAUGGAUGAGUUGGAUGUUGCUUGUUCCUUUGCCACGCUUGCUCAGGAACAGCAAAUGGUCCGGCCUAUUCUCAACGAAGGGACCUCUCACAAGAUCGUGGGAGGAAGGCAUCCGACAGUCAAACUCGGCUUGGAGGAGAAGGGCAGGACCUUCGUGAGCAAUGACUGCUUCCUUGGUGACCAGGAACGAAUCUGGCUCAUAACUGGUCCAAACAUGGCAGGAAAAAGUACCUUUCUGCGCCAGAAUGCUUUAAUUACCAUCCUCGCACAGGUUGGUUCAUAUGUGCCUGCAGCAUACGCCGAAGUGGGUAUCGUGGACCAAAUUUUUAGUCGCAUUGGGGCAGCGGAUGAUCUCUUCCGUGAUCAAUCGACAUUUAUGGUAGAAAUGCUCGAAACUGCUACUAUUUUGAAGCAGGCUACCCCACGGUCCUUUGUGAUUAUGGAUGAAGUGGGCCGAGGCACCACCCCCGAGGACGGAACGGCUGUCAGUUUUGCUUGUCUUCACCAUUUGCAUUACCAUAAUCAGUGUCGUACGCUCUUCGCUACCCACUUUCACGGCUUGGCGGACAUGACACAGAAGUUUGAAUACCUGGAGAGGUACUGCACUGAUGUCAAAGAGACUAAAUCCGGCUCAUUUUCUUUUGUUCAUCGUCUUCGCAAAGGUGUUAACCGCGAGUCGCACGCAUUAAAAGUUGCCCAACUUGCUGGCCUUCCUCGUGAGACCAUUGAGUUGGCGACCAUUGUGCGCCAGGAAUUGAGGAACGAGAUCCAUCCAUCCCGGCCUAAUUGA